AUGUUGGCCGACGCCCUGAAAGCCGUCUGGGAACGGUACUCUAAUCAUCUCUCCCACCCCGACUUUGCUGCCAUCCGGCACUCAUCUGGCCUCAUCCUUCUCGGUUCCGUGGGGCUCGCUAUCUUGGCCAUUGUCCUCCGCUUAUUUGCUGCUUCAUCUACCUCGGACCCUGGCAGCUUGCCCCUCGCUCUCGAGAAGCAGGGUGCUCGCACAUUUGGUUUCCUCUCCCGCAUGUCCUUCUAUCUCAACUGCUCUGAUCUGUACGCGGAUGCCUGGCACAGGUUUAACAAACAUGGUCUACCCGUCCUCGUCCCCACCCUAGGAGCUCGCAAGGAAAUCUUCCUACCUCACUCCUCCCUCAAGUGGGCCAUUUCUCAGCCUUCUCGUGUCCUCGGCAUGUGGGAUGCUUUCAGUGAAAUGUUUCAACUGGGGCACAGUUUGGGGGAUGAAAAGUACAUGCUCGACAUCUGGCCCCAUAUGCUGUCCAGGCAGGUCUUGACUAGGGAGCUCGAUGACCACCUCAUGGAUGUUCACGAUGAGCUGCACUACGCCAUGGAGACCCGUCUCGGCGGUGACACCCAGUCUUGGUCUGAGCGUGAGCUUCUUGAUACCAUACGCCUCAUUAUUACUCAGGUUGGCAGCCGCUUCACCGUGGGCAAGACAUUGUGCCGCAACGAUGAGUACCUACGCCUCAUCAUGGACACCGUCGACAACGUCGUCACCACUGCCGGUGCUUUGGGAUUCAUCCCCGAGACCAUCCGCCCUCUUUUCGCCAAGCUCAUCUGCCUGCCCACGUUCCUCAAGCUUCGCAGGCUGGAGAACCGCUAUUACAAAGCCGAGUUCAAGACACGCCUUGCAGCCCUUGCCGCCGGCGACCCGGACCAGCCCGUCGACCUUCUCCAAAAAAUGCUGCGCUUUGCCAGCAAGCAUCGCAAGGAAGAGCUUGCCACGAGUCAGAUGACGCGCCGCAUCUGCAUGUCCAGCCUUGCCUUCGUCUACCUCGCCAGCUUCACCACGACCAAUAUUGUCAACAAGAUGAUGACUUCCGACGCCGAACAUGACACCUUGUCCAUACUGCGCGACGAGGCCGAACGCUUCCUUUCCGAGAACCCUGACCCACGCAAGCUGUGGACCCGUUCCAAGACGAAGGACAUGAUCUACGCCGACAGCGUCAUGCGCGAGUCCCUCCGCCUGUACACAGUUCCAACCCGCGCCGUCGUCCGCAAGGUCAUGGUUGAUGGUGUCGUCAGCGACACAGGGCUACCGUUGCCCAAAGGCGCCCUCAUAUCGUUCGUCUCCCAGCCCAUGCACACCGACCCGGAUCGCUGGGACGACCCGAUGCGCUACGACCCCUUCCGCUUUGUCCGCCUGCGCCAGAUGACCGACAAGAGCAUGUUCAGUGACGAAAACCACGUCCGCGACGCUGUUUCCGAUGAUGUCAGCGACAACUUCAACCCCAACAGCUUCCUUUCCACAUCGGGUCUGCUUGUCUUUGGUCGGGGCAAAAAUUCGUGUCCCGGUCGUCUCCUCAUGGAGAUUCAACUCAAGAUGCUCAUCUCCAAUCUCGUCCGCAACUACGACAUCAGACUGGCCGAUCAUGACUCUAAAACCCCUAGGCCAGCCGCGAACAGCUGGGUUCUUGAGUUUAUCUUUCCUAGUUCGCGUACACGGUUUCAGUUCAAGAGGCGCACAGCACGUGUAGCCUCUGUACCGGCUGUCAAGGCAUAG